GAACACACUGGCUUGGAGACGGCUCCGCGUCCUGAGCCCGCUCAGCCGGUGCACAGCUUCAGCCAGGCAGGACGGGCUAACUAGGCAGUCACAUCUCUUCCCGCAGGGCUCCCUGAGGCCGCCAGGAAGGGCCCUCAACCAACCCUGGGGUUCUCCCGUGGUGCAGCCGUCCAGCAUCUCUGAGAGUCAGCAGAUCGUGAGGAGGGAGCUGAGAUGCCCUGUAUCCAAGCCCAAUAUGGGACACCAGCACCGAGCCCAGGACCCCGUGACCACCUUGCAAGCGACUCCCUGAGCCCUGAGCUCAGCAAGCCAGCCAUGGACCUGGCCAGCCCCGAGGCGGCCCCCACCGCCCUGCCCAGCUUCAGCACCUUCAUGGAUGGGUACACAGGGGAGUUUGACACCUUCCUCUACCAGCUGCCGGGGACAGCCCAGCCCUGUUCUUCAGCCUCUUCCUCGGCCUCUUCCACGUCCUCGUCCUCAGCCACCUCCCCCGCCUCUGCUUCCUUCAAGUUCGAGGACUUCCAGGUGUACGGCUGCUACCCCGGCACCCUGAGCGGCCCCCUGGAUGAGACCCUGUCCUCCAGCGGCUCUGACUACUACGGCAGUCCCUGCUCAGCCCCGUCACCCUCCACGCCCAGCUUCCAGCCGCCCCAGCUCUCUCCCUGGGACGGCUCAUUCGGCCCCUUCUCACCUAGCCAGACUUAUGAAGGCCUGCGGGCAUGGACAGAGCAGCUGCCCAAGGCCUCUGGGCCCCCCCAGCCGCCGGCCUUCUUUUCCUUCAGCCCUCCCACGGGCCCCAGCCUGGCCCAAAGUCCCCUGAAGCUGUUCCCCUCGCAGGCCACCCACCAGCUGGGGGAGGGAGAGAGCUAUUCCAUGCCGGCGGCUUUCCCAGGCCUGGUGCCCACUUCUCCACACCUGGACGGCUCGGGGAUGCUGGAUGCGCCCGUGACCUCCGCCAAGGCCCGAAGUGGGGCUCCGGGUGGAAGCGAGGGCCGCUGUGCUGUGUGUGGGGACAACGCUUCGUGCCAGCAUUAUGGCGUCCGCACCUGCGAGGGCUGCAAGGGCUUCUUCAAGCGCACAGUACAGAAAAACGCCAAGUACAUCUGCCUGGCUAACAAGGACUGCCCUGUGGACAAGAGGCGGCGAAACCGCUGCCAGUUUUGCCGCUUCCAGAAGUGCCUGGCUGUGGGCAUGGUGAAGGAAGUGGUCCGGACAGACAGCCUGAAAGGGCGGCGGGGACGGCUCCCUUCAAAGCCUAAGCAGCCCCCUGAUGCCUCCCCUGCCAAUCUCCUCACCUCCCUGGUCCGGGCGCACCUGGACUCGGGGCCCAGCACGGCCAAAUUGGACUACUCCAAGUUCCAGGAGCUGGUGCUGCCCCACUUCGGCAAGGAGGACGCUGGGGACGUGCAGCAGUUCUACGACCUGCUCUCCGCCUCCCUGGAGGUGAUCCGCAAGUGGGCCGAGAAGAUCCCCGGCUUUGCCGAACUCUCGCCAGGCGACCAGGACCUUCUGCUGGACUCGGCCUUCCUGGAGCUCUUCAUCCUCCGCCUGGCCUACCGGUCUAAGCCGGCCGAGGGCAAGCUCAUCUUCUGUUCGGGCCUGGUGCUGCACCGGCUGCAGUGCGCCCGCGGCUUUGGCGACUGGAUCGACAGCAUCCUGGCCUUCUCCCGGUCCCUGCACAGCUUGGUUGUCGACGUCCCUGCCUUCGCCUGCCUCUCUGCGCUUGUCCUCAUCACAGAGCGGCACGGGCUGCAGGAGCCACGGCGGGUGGAGGAGCUGCAGAACCGCAUCGCCAGCUGCCUGAAGGAGCACGUCUCGGCCGUGGCGGGUGAGCCCCAGCCGGCCAGCUGCCUGUCACGCCUGCUGGGCAAGCUGCCCGAGCUGCGGACCCUGUGCACCCAGGGCCUGCAGCGCAUCUUCUACCUCAAGCUGGAGGACUUGGUGCCCCCUCCACCCAUCGUCGACAAGAUCUUUAUGGACACGCUGCCCUUCUGACCCCAGCCCGGGGACACGCGUGCACUGUGUGUGCAUGCUCAUACACCACCCCACGUGCCUUUCGCCCAUGGCCCACAGACCCCCAUGGACCACCACCCCCUGGUCUGGGCUGCAGACUGGCUGGCCUCGCCACUCACUCUGGGAGAUCGGCAGGGAGCUCACGCCCUGGGGAAGGGAGUGCAUUCACAGGGUGACCCCUACUAUAUGUCUUACCCCCCAAGCCCGGUCCUGGCCUUCAUGUUUUUGUAAGAUAAACCGUUUUUAACACACACCACCGUGCUGUAAAUAAGCCAAAUGCUGCUGUAAAUACGGGAAGGAAGAGGUUGAGGUGGGAGUCGGGGUUAGGAGGGAGGGGUGGGCCCCCAGCAGCCUGGGCAGGCCUGUCCCAGCCUCCUCCUCCUCGCUCUCUCUUCCCAGCCUCCUUCCACAUGUACAUAAACUUACUCUAGGAGGAAGACAAAUGACAGAUUCUGACAUUUAUAUUUGUGUAUUUUCCUGGAUUUAUAGUAUGUGACUUUUCUGAUUAAUAUAUUUAAUAUAUUGAAUAAAAAAUAGACAUGUAGCUGAAA